AUGGCUUCCCUAUCUACCACUUCUCUAAGCUUCAAAGCUCCUUCCAUACAAUCCACCAGAAUUUCUCAGGUUUUGAGGACACCUUCGUGUUUUCAAUCUAUCGCCUUUGGUCGUUUCCGGUCUUCAAAGAGCCUUCGUCUUCAAAUCAGCUGUGCGGCAAAACCAGAGACGGUGCAGAAAGUGAAAGACAUUGUAAAGGAACAACUGGCUUUGUCCGCUGACACUGCCCUCACUGGCGAGUCCAAAUUCUCUGAUCUUGGCGCCGAUUCUCUCGACACCGUGGAGAUAGUGAUGGCUUUGGAGGAAAAGUUUAACAUAAGUGUGGAGGAAGCUGAUGCUCAGAACAUUACGACGAUUCAAGCGGCGGCUGAUUUGAUUGAUGACCUUGUUCUGAAGAAACCUGCUGCCGAAGCUUCUUAA